UAGCUAGCGCAGUCUGGCGGUGAAAUUCAAACAGCUGCUUGAGCUUUGAUGAUUGUUUUAGAGAUCGCUUUUGUCUUUUGGAGAUUCAACACUUUAAGGUAAGUUGCUGGAAUUAUUCUACAGUACAUAAUGGAAAAGAUGCGGCCUUAUAGUGAGUCCACAGCACAGUGACCGUGGAGUUCUGAAACAGCCGGACCCCAGAGGAAAAGCUUCUCAAGCCAACUGUAAUGAGAAGCCAGAGGCCGCAGGAGUUGAAUCCAUAAGCGGAUCUUUAUUAAUUAUAAUCACACAGGCAAAAUCGCAGUCAAAAAACAAACGUGAGUCAAAAACCAGAAAACCACUGGGACGAGAAAACAAAACCGAAAGCACAAAACGAAGCGCGUAGUCAGAGAAACAGGCAGGGUCAUGCACGGAAAUCAAUAUCGGAGGCAAGGCAAGAAUCGGACGUAGAAAACAGGCAAGGAUCAUACACAAAAUAACUCUCAAACACAAACACUCAGUAGGUCACGUGAGGACGAUACUUUGCGUAAAACAAUGCGUGCAUGGGGUAUUUAUGUCCGUGGGAAACAGUCAGUGAGUCACGUGAGCAAUUAGUAUUCCGGAGAGGGUUCGCGUUCGUGUUGGGAUGUUACACCAAGACACAACUGUAAGAUGGAAGAUUUCUUCUUGUUUCUAUCAUGUAUUAUCUGUUACUGUAAGGCUCAUUUCAUAGCAUGUGUGGUAAACCUUGCAAUUCCUGAUUCAAUGAGAUCACAGGUUGACCAUUUCAGUCCAAAAAGAUUUCCCACUGAAGACUUAAGGUCAUUAACAUCUUUGGAAGUGACCUUUGAUCCUGUCCAAAAACUAGAUGAAAAGUGGUACUUGAACUAGGAUUUCUGGGUGGAGUGGAUGUAAAGGACACAGUCUGGCAAAUUAUGAGGCAGGCCAUCAAAAAUGACUUGGCCAAAGAGGUGAACUGGAGAGGUGUAAAUGGGAAAACACUGUUCCAGACUUUGGAGCUAAAAACAUUGUGAUUGAGGCUGUAAGAACAAAUCCAGUGUGUGCACAGACAACCGAGCUUGAGGUCGAGAAAUUUAGUAAAAGAUGACACUGGCAGUGACUGGAAACUCUGGAUCUUCUUUCUGGGUGGAGUAAAGAUUGCAUUCAGGUCUGGAGUGCAUUCGUGAAAGGGCAUCAGGCGAUUACCUCCUCUAGGAUGGUGUCUUUCCUUUGGGCCAAGACUGCACUGAGUCCAGUGUCGCUGGCAUCAGUAUCGACCACAAAUGGUCAUUGCAGAUCAGGAUGACCUAAUAUGGGAGCGCAUUGAUAGGUUCAGCUACCUGAGAGAAGUUGGGCACAAAUCUGUGGUACCAUUCUGAAAGUCCUAGAAAACAUUGAACUUCUUUCAGGUUGGUGGGCACAGGGUUGACAGUUAAACCAGCAGUUUUCAAUCUGGAAAGGACAGUUUGGAGAUCCUGGAGAUGCUGGUUCAGAGAUGGAAACUUGUGUUGGGGAGGAUUUAAUGUCUAUUGACGCCCAUGUAAACACUCUACAAAGUAUUGGAAGAAACCUCCAGACAUGUCGAACUGUUAAAGACCGCAUGGCAUGAACAUUCACCUGGAGACUUCGAGAGAUCAUGGAAGGAAUGUCUGUGGAGGAUGUACUCAAAAAAUAUCCAUACUUAAGUACACCUGCUGGAGGGGAUCCUGCUACACCCUUUCCAACCAUACAACUGCUGGAUGAUGACUGGAAAAUGGCAUUGGAAGAGGGCUCAGUGUGGUGAAAGUAGAUGGUGUAGAAGUGUGCCAGUGCACCAGCCUUGAUGAAGCCUUCAUAACAGCCUUCUCUGGCAAAACAAUAAGUACUGACUGCAUCCUAAGAAAUGGACCAAGCUUGGCAGAAAAGGAAAGGUCCUUUAUGACCAAUGUAUGCAUCCUGAGUUAAUCCACCAUGAUGAAGUAACACAAAAUACAUUGCUGGACUUUUUCCACCAUAACUUCCUUGCAUGUAUCUUUCGACGCCACAAGUUGUUUUUUUUUUAAUCUACAUAAGGAACCGCAGACGUCUUCACUUCUGCUUCUUUAAAUAUAUAGAGUCUACACCCUGUUACACCAAAGUUCAAACCAUGGAGCAGCUCAUCUCCUCCAACAGCUCGCUCCCUGCUCCUGUCUCAACUGAAUACUGGAUUGCCAGUAGUGUGAUGGGAGUUUGCUUCAUACUGGGAGUCCCUGGUAAUAUUGUUGUAAUGGUGCGUCUUGCUGGAUGGCUGAAGACAGACAGUUUCACCCCGAGACUGAUGCUAAGCCUGGCUGUAUCAGAUCUACUCACUCUGAUUUCUCUGCCGGUUUGGAUUUUGGAUUUUCUGCAUGGCUGGGUCUUUGACUUGACCACGUGUAAGCUUCUCACCUAUGUGGUGUACUUAAGCUUCUACUGCAGCAUACUGUGUGUGAUAUUGAUGAGCAUUCAGCGAUACAUGCAAGUGCUGCAUCCUGAGAAAUGGAACAAGCUUGGCAGAAAAGGAAAGAAGAUCCUUUUGAUUGGGAUGUGGAUUUUAAGUGCAAUUUUUUCGUGCUAUGCUCUCGUACAGUACGGUCUAAGCCUGGACAAUCACUGUGUUCGCUAUAUUAACAAUGCUGAAGAUUUGGCUACUUCACUCUGGGAGAAUAUAAUGUUUGUAGUUUCAUUCACCUUAGUAGCUUUCUGCUACUUUCACCUUUACCGGAAGGUUAAUAACUCAGCUUUCUUUAGCAGUAACUCAUUGAUAACGAUUGUGACCAGAAUUGUGAUUUGCUUCUUCAUAUUUUGGAUCCCGUUUCAAAUCUGCAACAUUGUGAUCAUCGUUGCUGCAUUGCAUUGGGAUUUUGGACUAUUAAAUUCUGCAAUAUAUGCACACACUAUCUCUAUAGGUCUGAUUUUUAUUAACAGUUGUGUGAAUCCAUUCCUGUAUGCUUUCUCCGCUCUGGCUCUACAACAGCAAACAGCUGGAACAAAUGAUACUCAGUUCGUUGAAGAUACAGAGAUUUGAUAUACUUUUCUGACAGCUUAUCACAGACAGUGCAUUUUAAGGCAAACUAUAUAAAGAACAAAAAAUGUUGCUUAUUCUUGAAGUCUGUUUUUAUAUUUUUUUUACACCUUCUAAUAUUUUUUGGCAGAUUAAUUUAAUCAAUUUAUAGUGAGGCUGUAUGAUUUUUUUGUUUUUUUAACUUUUAAUCUACCUAAUAUGUUUUUGCAAUGAUAAAGCAUAAUGACAAAGGAGUGUAUCUUUCUAAAAAGUGAAAAAUGUUAAUCAGUCAAAAAAAAUCUGUUAAUCAGUAUUAGUAACAUUUAUUAAAAGUACAGUUUUGUGUUUGACUCUUUGUGAGUGUGCUUUACGCUGCAGACUAUGUAUAGUUUUGGUGGAAACUGAAAGGGGUUUUAUGACCUUAAGUGCUAUAAACCACAAUAAAGUUUCCUGAUUUCUUCUGUAAGACAUGAGUGCAACUUGCAGCCUAACUGUUAUAACUUCUUGUAACAUGUUUUAACUUUGUAACUUUACAGCAUAUUGCUUCAACAAAUAAAUCAAA